UGCAAACUCCCUGUUAAUGCUUGCAAGCUUUGUAUAUUAUUAGAUCCAUUUCUUCUUGGUGACAAGGGAAGGCAUUCCCCAUAUUUUCUUUAAGAUAGUUAUUAAUCUUGCUUUAAGGAGAGGGGUAGAAUAUUUACAGGUUUCUCCAGGGGACGAAACAUCACAAAAGGCUAUAAAACUUGGCAUCCUGACAGAUCAUAUAUUAUAUUAACCUCGAGGAGCAAAGUUUCUUCCCAAAAAUGAUGCCUUCAGUGUCACAAAUGCCCCAAAUUGCAUCCACAUUGUUCUCUACCUAUGCCUCUUUUGCUGCAUUCCUUAUGCUGGUUAGGUCCCUUGCCAAUGACCUAAUCCCUCACCACCUCCAAUCCUAUAUAAAUUCAUUCUUCUGCCGCCUUUUUACUCAUGCUUCUUCUUCUACCUUCACCCUCACCAUUGAUGAGCUAUUUGGGUACUCGCAGAACCAAAUAUAUGAGGCAGCAGAAAUCUAUCUUCGUACCAAAACUGCCAACUCGUCAGCAAGACACCUGAAAGUUAGCAAAUCCCAAAGGCAAAGGAAAAUCACUACCUCCAUUGUAAGUGGUGAAGAAAUCAUCGAUUAUUAUGAUGAUAUGAAACUGAAAUGGAGGUAUGCCUGCGACGAGUCACAGACCCCCCCUAAUGAGAAAAGAUACUUCGAGCUCAGCUUCAACAUGAACUUCAAAGACAAAGUGUUGAGUUCUUACUUGCCUUAUGUUCUGCAGAAAGCUGAUGCAAGCAAACAAGAAGAUAAGGUAGUGAAGCUUUACAACCGUGAAUGUCCUUACGAUGAUGAGGACGGAAGUGGUGGAGGCAUGUGGGGUUCGAUCAAUCUUGAACACCCAUCAACGUUUCAAACAUUGGCAAUGGAUCCUGAGGUAAAGAAGAUGGUUGUUGAUGAUCUGGAUAGGUUCUUGCAGAGAAAAGAGUUUUACAAGAAGGUUGGUAGGGCUUGGAAACGAGGGUAUUUGUUGUACGGUCCUCCUGGUACAGGCAAGUCAAGUUUGAUUGCUGCAAUGGCUAAUUAUCUAAGGUUUAAUAUUUAUGAUUUGGAUCUUGCAAGUGUUUCUAGUAAUUCUGAACUGAAGAGGAUAUUGCUGUCCACAACAAAUCGAUCUAUAUUAGUGAUUGAAGAUAUAGAUUGCAAUAAGGAGGCAAGGGAUCGGCAAAACAUUGCUGAUGAAUAUGACCCUUCUAUCUCAAAGAUGACACUAUCAGGUUUGUUAAAUUUCAUUGAUGGAUUAUGGUCAAGUUGUGGAGAUGAAAGAAUCAUAGUGUUCACCACCAAUCAUAAGGAUAGGCUUGAUCCUGCAUUGUUGCGUCCUGGUCGAAUGGAUAUGCACAUUCACAUGUCCUAUUGCUCUCCUUAUGGCUUCAAAACCUUAGCCUCUAAUUACCUAGGGGUCAGUGAUCACCCACUUUUUGGAGAAAUUGAAGCACUAAUUGAGAGCUCAGAGAUCUCUCCAGCACAAGUUGCUGAAGAACUAAUGAAGAAUGAUGAUGCUGAUGUUGCUCUUGAAGGACUAAUUCAAUUCAUCAAACGUAAGAAGAUGGAGGGAACUGAAAUCAAGGAUGAAAAGACUAAGCUAGUGGAUGCUCCAUAAAUUUCAAUGGAAUUCUUAGGAUUUGAGCCUAAUCACAAAUGACAAUUGUUUUUUUUUUUUUUUUUUCUAUCUAAUUAAUGGACCGACCCGUUAUACAUGGUUAAUAUCAUAUUAUAUUUAACAACACAUUAACAUUAUAAUGAUUUUUCUUGAAUUCAUUAAAGACUUAACGAGCUAUGCAAU